AAAAACAUCAUUAACAAUAAAACUUCCACAAUAACUUGCAACCACACAUCCAAAAUAAAACAACCACUCAACAUUCAUCCUCGCUUCACUACUUCCAUCAAUUCCCACUACUCGUCCGUGCAUCCCACCACGGGCGACGAAUGGAUCCCACAGCCACCCCCGCCGCCACCUCCACCAUCACCACUCAGGGUCCGCCACCGCCCUCCACCUCGGGCCCCGCCGGGGCACCCCUCCCGGCCCAGGUCCUCGAGAUCAGCCUCAUAUCCGCUCAAGAUCUAACCCCCCUUUCGAAAUCCAUGCGCACCUACGCGGUCGCAUGGAUCAACCCUGACCAGAAGGUCACAACCCGAACCGACCAACACCACACGAAUCCCACGUGGAACGACAAAUUCACGUUCCACGUGGACAUUCAGGCCUUGUUUGAUGCCAAUGCGGCCCUCCACGUGGAGAUCUACACGGUGUCGUGGUUCCGCCACGUCCUCGUGGGGACGGUCAACGUCCUCGUCAGCGACCUCCUCGCCCCGGUCCUCCAGGCCUCGUCGCAACAAAGCACGAGAUUCAUCGCCCUCCAAGUCCGUCGCCCCUCCGGCACCCCUCAGGGCAUCCUCAACAUGGGCAUCACCUUCCAUGACCACAGCCUCCGCGCCAUGCUCCGGCAGCACCACCAAGACAACUUCUCCGAGAUCUACGGAAAGGGCCCCGCCCCGCCUCGGGAAGCGGGUAAUCAUCGAGAAGGCGGCAGCGACGCCGGUUGGCGCAAGAAAAUCCAGCUGUGGCGGCGCUCCUCCAGCGAAUCCGAGAUCAACCCGGAUGACUUCCCUCUAAAGGCGGGAUCCGUUUGCAACGGAUCUAUGAUCAACGGAUCCGUUUGCAACGGGUCCAUGAUAAACGGGUCGGAGCUGUGCUCCGACAUCGGGCCGUCGGCCUCCAUCGUGGCGGCUGACCUGGCCAUGAAGAUGCAGCCGCCGCCUCCGGUGGUGAGGCGCCCGAUCAUCAGACACGUGGAUGCCGAUGAUUCGAGGAGCUCAGUUGUCGGGGAGCUGACGAUGGAAGAGGCCAUAGCCAAAGGAUACAGAACCCGAACCACUGGAGAGAGGUGGCGGAGGGUGGUUUACGACGGCGAUCAGUCGGAGUUGUCAAACAUAAGCGACCGCCACUCGCGGCGGAACUCCGACGGCGGCCUGUUCUCGUGUUUCGUGUACGGGAUUGAGUUCCGGAUAGCGUGCGGCGGUGGCAACAAUAUUCCAGACGGCGGUAGACACGGCGGCGCCAGCGCGGGUAGAAGGAAAGAAUUACAUUAGUGAUGCAAUGAUUUUUUUUAGAUUAAAGUUUUUAUUAUAAUCUGCAUUUUUGUUCAGAUAUUUGAAAAGUGUUUUUUUUUUCUUCUAGUACAGUAAUGAUUGGAUCUUAGCAAAAGGUUUUCCUUGAUUAUUGAUUAAAUUUGUUUGACUACAUAUUUACGAUCUUAAUGUACUGGUUUUGUAUCUUUAA